AUCCACAGAUUUGAUAUAAAUACCCCCAUUGUUCUUAUCUGUGAUCUGCAUUGCUCCUUUCCAAAUCUCAUCGAAGAUAUUUUUCUUUCUCUCCAAGUCGAGUUUUUUCAUCGGAAAUGGGCCGGAAAUUUUUCGUCGGCGGUAACUGGAAAUGCAAUGGAACUACUGAGAAUGUGAAGAAGAUUGUGUCAACACUUAAUGCCGGUGAAUUGCCAUCUACCGACAUUGUUGAGGUGGUGGUGAGCCCUCCUUUUGUGUUUCUUACCACUGUUAAAAGUGAAUUGAGGCCCGAAAUCCAAGUUGCAGCCCAAAAUUGCUGGGUUAAGAAAGGUGGUGCUUUCACGGGUGAGGUUAGUGCUGAGAUGCUCGCCAAUUUGGGCGUCCCAUGGGUCAUCCUAGGUCAUUCUGAAAGGAGAGCCCUACUGAAUGAAUCAAACGAGUUUGUUGGAGACAAAGUUGCAUAUGCUCUUUCUCAAGGUCUAAAGGUGAUUGCAUGUGUUGGAGAAACUCUUGAGCAGCGAGAAGCUGGAACCACCAUGAAAGUUGUUGCUGAACAAACCAAGGCAAUUGCUGACAAAAUCUCAAGCUGGGAUAAUGUGGUUUUGGCUUAUGAGCCAGUCUGGGCUAUUGGAACCGGAAAGGUUGCAAGUCCGGCCCAGGCUCAAGAAGUGCAUGCAGGACUAAGGAAAUGGUUCGAGGAAAACAUCAGUGCUGAAGUUGCUGCUACAACCAGGAUUAUCUAUGGAGGAUCUGUGAGUGGUUCCAAUUGCAAGGAAUUGGCAGGGCAAACAGAUGUUGAUGGUUUCUUGGUUGGCGGGGCUUCUCUCAAGCCGGAAUUCAUUGACAUCAUCAAGGCUGCUGAAGUGAAGUGAAUGUAUCAUUUGCGAAGAAUAACGGCAUUGUCAAAAUUCUAGUUUUUGAAAUAAGCAUAUGAUCAAAACUGCUGUUUUUCGGUCAGUAACAUUGUUUUGGGUUCUGAGCGUUUUGUUUUGUAGACUGAUUGGUUACAAAUUGCGGGUAUCAGCUUCUUUUUUUGUUCUUACUAAUUAAUAGUAAUUGUGGAUAUACCCACUUUGUUGAGAAA